AUGGGUAUUCCUAAAUUCUUCCGUUAUAUAUCUGAAAGAUGGCCAAACAUUUCUCAGUUGCUUGAUGGCAGUCAAAUAUCUGAGUUUGACACUCUAUACUUGGAUAUGAAUUCGAUUCUACACACAUGCACUCAUGGUAAUGAUGCUGAUGUUACGAAGAGACUGUCAGAGGAAGAGGUGUAUUUGAAGAUAUUUACUUAUAUUGACCAUUUAUUCCGUACUAUCAAGCCUAAGGAGGUUUUUUACAUGGCGAUCGAUGGGGUUGCUCCUAGGGCUAAAAUGAACCAACAACGGUCACGGAGAUUCAGAACAGCUAUGGAUGCCGAAAAGGCUUUAAAGAAGGCUAUUGAGAAUGGCGAGGAGAUACCUAGUGGAGAACCGUUCGACUCCAAUUGUAUCACUCCUGGUACGGAGUUUAUGGCGAAAUUGACUAAAAAUUUGAAGUAUUUUAUUCACGAAAAAAUAUCUUCUGAUUCGUUAUGGCGGCAAGCCAAUGUUAUAUUGUCUGGUCAUGAAGUUCCUGGUGAGGGGGAGCACAAGAUUAUGGAACAUAUUAGAAUUCUUAGGUCACAGAAAGACUACAAUCCUAACACCAGGCAUUGUAUAUAUGGGCUAGAUGCAGAUCUGAUAAUUUUAGGCCUGUCAGUUCAUGAUUCGCACUUUGCUUUACUGAGGGAAGAAGUUUUAUUUGGAAAGAACCAUAAUUCUAAACCGUUAGAGCAGCAGAACUUUUUUCUGUUACACAUAAGCAUUUUGAGGGAAUAUCUGGAGUUAGAGUUUGCUGAGUUAGAAAACGAACUUAUGUUUGAAUAUGAUUUUGAACGGUUGCUCGAUGAUUUUAUCUUGGUGUUGUUUGUGAUUGGUAAUGAUUUCUUGCCCAACUUACCUGACUUGCAUUUGAACAAGGGUGCGUUUCCCGUUUUACUCCAGACGUUUAAAGAAGCGUUAAGACACAUGGAUGGCUAUAUGAAUGAAUGUGGUACCAUAAAUUUCAGCAGAUUUUCCAUCUGGCUUGAAUACUUGUCCAAGUUUGAAAAGGCAAAUUUUGAACGGAGCGAUAUCGAUAUUGAGUGGUUCAAUCAGCAACUUGAAAAUAUAUCUUUAGAGGGUGCACGUAAACGGGUCAAGUCCGGGAAGAAGCUUCUACUAAAACGACAGAGACAAAUAGUAGGUGCUGUGAAACCGUGGCUGUUAAAAACAGUUGAAGAGAAGCUUUCCGCAAAUGUUUCUGAUGCCGAUAUCACACUGUCUCCUCCUUUAGCUGGGCACCUAGUUGCAAACAAUAUUGACUUCCUCAAAGAGUUGGCUUUUGAAUUGUAUUUGGUUGUUGUUCAUUCCCAGUCACAAGACACUUACACCUUUAAAGUCGAUCUGGACAGUUUCAAUUUAAAUGCGUCUGAAGAGGAGCAUAAGUCACGUUUAAGCAAUUUAAGACGUUCUAUUAAAAUUUUUGAACAAGCUACCAUUGUAGAUGAUGAGGAAGAAUUGGAGGAGAAAAUGGAGAUCUACGAUGAUCGUUUCAACCAAUGGAAGGAUGCUUAUUAUAAAGAAAAAUUGGGGUUUUCUUAUUACGAUGACGAAAAACUAAAGGAACAAACUGAAAACUAUGUUGAAGGCCUACAAUGGGUGUUGUAUUAUUAUUACCAAGGUUGUCCUUCAUGGUCAUGGUAUUAUAAAUAUCAUUAUGCCCCCCGUAUUUCAGAUAUUAUCAAAGGUAUUAACAAGAAAAUUUCCUUUGAAAAGAAUCGGCCUUUCACACCAUUCCAGCAGUUAAUGUCCGUUUUGCCAAAAAGAUCUAAAAAUUUGAUUCCACCUGUUUAUAGACCCUUGAUGUAUGAUGAAAAAUCUCCAAUCCUAGACUUUUAUCCAAAUGAUGUCGAGUUAGAUAAAAACGGCAAAACGGCGGAUUGGGAAGCCGUCGUCAAAAUAUCUUUUGUCGAUGCAGAGAGGUUAAUAAAAGUUAUGGCUCCUUAUGAUGAAAAAUUAAAUCAAGAAGAGAAAGAUAGGAAUAGAUUUGGUACUGACAUACUUUUUUGUUUUAACCCACAAAUUGAUAAUGUCUACGAGUCUCCAUUAAAGGGUCUAUUCACUAAUAUUGCCCACAAUCACUGUAUUGAAAGGAAAUAUAUUAUGCGCCCGUUAGAAACAAGCGAUAUUCGCUUUGGCUUGCCUGAAGGUGCCAAAUUGGGCACUUCAGCGCUAGCAGGAUUUCCAUCUUUAAAAUCUAUUCCAUUUGAAAACAAACUUGUCUACAAUGAAUGUACUAUAUUUCAACAGCGUUCUAAAUAUCAGACUAUGUUGCUAUACGUUAAAGAUAUUUACCAAGCUAGCAACAUGUCUAUUAGUGAUAUCGCCCAAAGGUAUAUGAAUAAAAUUAUUUAUACCAACUGGCCAUAUUUGCGAGAGUCAAAGUUAGUUGGAAUAUAUUCCAGAGACGUUAUUUACGAAUCCACAGAAGCACAAGACGGCGUUAGAAGCAACUUUAUCACGAAAUCCUCCACUCCUGAUGAUUUAAAAUGGAUUCUUCCAAUGAAUUCCUCAAUGAAGCAGACUUAUUCAAAGAAAAGCGGUAUUAUACUGGAUGAUAUUCGAGCUAUUAUUAAGGUAUAUCCAGUUACGGGUCUGGCUAGAGAGUUGGAUGGCUCCUAUACUAAGACUUUUUCCAAGACAGAAGAAUACUACCCCUUACAAUUGUUUAUCGAAGAUGUCGAAAAUAAAGACGAAAGGUAUCAAGAGACGCCACCGUUGCCUAUUGAAGAGGAGUAUCCUUUGAAUUCAAGGGUCAUCUUCCUCGGAGAUUAUGUAUAUGGUGGAGAAGCAAUUGUUGAUGGUUAUUCUAGCCCAACCAGAUUACGGUUAACUAUUAAUAAGAGAUCCACAAGAAUGGAGCCAAAUAUUGGCAAAAUCAGGGCAAGUAUGGACAAGAAAGCGAUUCGGUAUAUACCAUCCUAUAUUGUGGCUAGGAAGUUGAAUUUACCCCCCUUAUUCCUCUCCAAAAUUACCUCCAAAUUUUUGAUUGACGCUGAAAAAAGUCUCCACAAUGUAGGCUUGACAGUGAAAAUCCAAUCGGCUAACGUGAAAGCGCUCGGCUAUGCGAACAAGAACGGCACUAUAUGGGAAUAUUCUACUUUAACUAUCCAGCUAUUGGAGCAUUAUAGAAAUACUUUCCCGGAAUUCUUCAAUAGUUUAUCGAAAUUACAGGGUAACAUGAUUAGUAUUAAUAGUGUUUUUCCUAAUAAGUCUCCACAGGAAGCCACUAAAAUUUUGGAAGCUGUUGCUGCAUACGUUGGAGAUCUAAGAAGCCAAUUCAUUAUGGUCUCUUUGGAGAGUGACUCUUUGACAAAGGCGUCGAUUCAUGCGGUCGAAACGGAAAUCCAAAGAUUUGUUCAAUUGGAGGAUCGAACUGAAAAGAGGCAGCUAGCGAAGGUUCCUCGGGAGGCUGUCUUAGAUCCAAACAGAUCUUCCGCUCAAUUACGAGCACAGAGGUUCGAUUUGGGUGAUCGUGUUAUGUACGUUCAAGAUUCUGGCAAUGUACCAUUGUUUGCAAAGGGUACUGUCGUUGGUUAUACGACCAUCGGUACUAGAUUAUCGAUCCAAGUUUUAUUUGAUCAGGAAUUUGUUGCAGGUAACACCCUUGGGGGUAGGUUAACCACCAAGCGUGGGAUCGGAUUGGAUUCAUCCUUCUUAUUAAACAUUACCAACAGGCAGUUCAUUUAUCAUUCCAAAGCUUCCAUAAAAACCGUGGGUCAAACCGGCAACUUUAAGCAACCAAAAGUUCAAUCUGAUCAUACGUUAACCACGGUGCAGCAAAAAAUGAAAAUGGAGGAGCUCAAGAAGCGCCAGGCUCAUGAAAUGUUGAGUAUGAUAAAAAAGGAUGAUCAGAAGAAUGACAGGCCAGAGCGAGGGCACAAAGUUUCGGAUGUUUCAAAUUCUUCCGCCCCUAAUUCUAAAACUUCGAACGUGCAAGUAGCCUUGAAUGCUGUUGGAAAAAAUGUUGCAACUAAUGUUUACAAUGCAGUGCUAAACCAAGUCACGAAUCCAGGUUCUCAGCAACCCGUUCUAUUUGCAAUGCCUCCCCAAGGUUCGCAAGAAGCCAUGCACCUCCAAGGAAUGCUAGCCGUGCCACCUGAUGGUAUGAUGGUUCCCCCAAACCCACUGAUGUUUAGUGUACCAUCUCAUCCUAUUGGAACUUUGCCGAACGUACAUUGUAGUUUUCCGCCCUCAAACACGAUGACAUCGCCAAAGCCAGUUUCUAUUAGUACUAAAAUGAGCAGUGGAUCGUAUUCGGGUAGCGAGAAAUCUGUUUCACGGUCCUCAAACUCCUUUGGAUCAGAUAACUCUAAAAUCAAAAGAGGUAAAAAUCCAAACCGUGGUAGAAGACGUAAUAAUCGUGGUGCAUCCCCCCAACGAGGUCGUGAUACCUUUAGCCCAUCACAAUGA